GGGCGAAGAAGGCCGCGGUUAUCGAUCCCGCUGCUGGUAGAGGGAGGAGGAAGGCAUAGCAGAGAAAAUGGCGGCCGUGGCUGCGACUGCAGCGGUGCCGGGUGAUGGGGGAGCCGGCGAAGCCGAGCCCAUUCCGGGCAGUGAGGCCGGCGCAGACCCACUCCCUGCCGGCACUCAGGCCGCCGUGGAGUCUGCGGUGCUUGACGCCAGGGAGGAGCCGGAACCAGCUCCGGGUGGGGAGGCCGAGGAGCCGCCGCCACCUCCACCCAGGAGCCCAGCAGGGACGCGAGACCUGCCGCAGGCCCAGCCCAGCCCGGGCCCCGUGGGGGAGCCGCCGCAGCCCUGCACGCUCACUGCGGGGCUCCCUGAGCUUCCCCGGGAAGAAGAGGAGGAGAAGUCGCCGCAGCCCUGCUUGCCGCUGCCGCCGCAGCCUGCAGCUGGGGGCCCCGCGGGGCCGGAGCCCGGGGAGGAGCCGCCGCGGCCGGAGGAGGAGGAGCCGGAUGCUGCUACUGCUGCCGCCACGAUCAGUACCGACACCACCGUCGUGGCGCAGGAGCUCCCGGUGGCUGUGGAGCCGGCGGUGGCCGAUGGAGAGGAGGAAGAGGCGCUGUUGCUGCCGGGCUCGGAGGUGCUGGUCACUCUGGAUCACAUCAUCGAGGACGCGCUGGUGGUGUCUUUCCGGUUCGGGGAGAAGCUAUUCUCCGGGGUCCUCAUGGACCUCUCCAAAAGGUUUGGACCCCAUGGAAUCCCUGUGACCAUAUUUCCCAAAAGGGAGUACAAGGAUAAACCUGAAGCAAUGCAGCUCCAAAGUAAAUCAUUCCAAGAUGAGACCCAGGUGAAGUGUGAAGCCAAUGGUGUCGUCACAGACUCUUCCCCCGUCCAGCCAUCAGAACCUAGCCUGGCUAAAAGCCUAUGGACUUCCAAGCCACCUCCACUUUUCCAUGAGGGAGCACCAUAUCCUCCUCCUUUGUUUAUCAGGGACACAUAUAACCAGUCAAUACCUCAGCCUCCACCUCGGAAAAUUAAACGGCCCAAGCGGAAAAUGUACAGGGAGGAACCCACUUCUAUUAUGAAUGCUAUCAAACUACGACCCAGACAGGUCUUGUGUGACAAAUGUAAGAACAGUAUUGUUGCAGAAAAAAAAGAAAUUAAGAAGGGCAGCAAUGCAAGUGACUCCUCAAGGUAUGAGGAUAGAAAACGAAGGAACGAGAGCAUAACUACUGUGAAUAAAAAAAUUAAAACUGAUCAUAAAGUUGAUGGGAAAAGCCAAAAUGAAAGCCAGAAAAAGAAUUCUGUGGUCAAAGUUGCAACUGUUGCCAGCAGAAGCAGAGUAGUCAAAGUUCCCACUCAAGCAAAUACAUCAAAAAUGCAGUUAAAUACUAAAAAGGUUCUCCAGAGCAAAAACAUGGAUCAUGCAAAAGCUCGGGAAGUUUUGAAAAUAGCCAAAGAGAAGGCACAAAAGAAACAGAGUGCAACCUCUACUUCCAAAAAUGCACAUUCAAAGGUCCACUUCACACGGCGUCUUCAGAACACCAGCUCAGGUUCCCUGCCUCCACGAUUGCGUCUAAAGCCACAAAGGUACCGAAAUGAAGAAAACGACUCCUCUCUCAAGACAGGGCUUGAGAAAUUGCAGAGUGGCAAGAUGGCAGCUAAGCCCCAGUCUCGCUGCUCCUCUACCCGCUCAGCAGGUGAGGCCCCUUCAGAAAAUCAGAGCCCCUCAGAAGGCCCUGAAGAGGCCAGCAGUGAGGUUCAGGACACAAAUGAAGUGCAUGUUCCUGUUGAUCAGGAUGAACAGCAGACACUGGGCAAGAGAGGCAGCAAAAGCAAUAUAACGGUUUACAUGACCCUUAAUAAAAAGAAAUCUGACGCUUCCAGUGCAUCAGUGUGUAGUAGUGAUAGCACAGAUGACUUGAAAUCCACCAACUCUGAGUGUAGCACUACUGAAAGCUUUGAUUUUCCUCCAGGCAGCAUGCAUGCACCUUCCUCCUCCUCCUCCUCGGCCUCUUCAAAGGAAGAGAAAAAGCUCAGUAAUUCUUUGAAAAUGAAAGUCUUUUCAAAAAAUGUCUCUAAAUGUGUCACACCAGAUGGCAGGACCAUAUGUGUAGGAGACAUUGUGUGGGCCAAGAUCUAUGGCUUCCCAUGGUGGCCAGCCCGUAUACUUACUAUAACUGUGAGCCGAAAAGAUAAUGGUCUUUUAGUCCGACAGGAAGCUCGUAUUUCAUGGUUUGGGUCCCCAACAACAUCUUUCCUUGCUCUUUCACAGCUUUCCCCCUUUUUAGAAAACUUUCAGUCGCGAUUUAAUAAGAAGAGAAAAGGUCUUUACCGCAAGGCCAUUACAGAAGCAGCCAAGGCUGCUAAGCAGCUAACUCCUGAAGUUCGGGCCCUGCUGACACAGUUUGAAACAUGAACAUGAAAAGUAAGCUCAGAGACAUUAGUCACCUGCUGUAUUUAUGGAACCUCCCUGCACUGGCAUGAAGAGGAUAAGCUAACCAGAAGUGACAUACAUCUGAAAUUCCAUUUUCCUCUGGAAUCUAGAUCAUGGUAUACACUGGGAAAGAAUUGGUGUUCAUUUUUUAAAAGAAACUUACCCCAUUUCCAGGAAACUUGUACUUAAUUGUACAUUUCACUUAGGAAUUUGCAGUGUUAGAAAAUAUUUUGUAAACUUUUUUUGCAAUAAAUAAGGCAUGAGCCAAGGAGCCUGUUCAAAAUGAACAUGCAAGGAACCACUUGAAUUACUUGUAUGAAGAAUCACAAAGUGUACUCUUACUCUUCAAAUGUGAUAGUCUGAAUAGGCCCCAGCGAUGGAGUCAAGACACCUGGAAAGUUGGCUGUAAACUUCUGAACCUUUACUUUUGUUCUUAACGUGUUAUAUUUUACAUCUUAACAAAUGUUAGUAUUUAGUGCAGGUGUUAGCAGAGCUGUAACCUUUUACUCGAAGCAUGUCCAGAUUCAACUGUGGUGACAAGUACUGACCGUCCUGGUUUGAGACCAAGUUUUUUUUAUAGAGAUGGUGGCAAUAGUGUAUGUAACUCGAGUGGUUAUGGCAAAGAUGUCCCUUGUGGAAAUUGUUUCUUGGAUGGCCAGCAAUGAGGAUCAUUUUUUUAAAAUGCAAUGGGAAAGGACGUUUAUCUGCCUGUGAUUAUCUCAUAGUAUGCAGCGUAAAGAACAGUUAUUGCUAAGAUGGAGUGGUAACAUUUCCUUUCUGACACAGUGAUAUAUUGCACUUCAAGUUAGUCAUGACUUAGUCAUAACUAAUAUAUUCCACUGGGACUUAUUCACAAUGAACUUUAGCUAGAUGGGGUUUUAGCAUUACCAAGGUUAGUUGGUUUACACUGAAGGAUCCCCACCCCAUCAUUUUUUUCUCUCAAUGGGACUUAUUUAUCUGCAAUUUGGUUCCACAUUUCAACAGGUGUAAGGUAUUCCUAAUCGUUGCGGGUAUACCUAAUUCUCACUGUCAAAAGGAAAUAAUUGUUCAGUAUUUUUUUUUAUUCUGCUUCUCUUUUCAAGGUAUGCAUACCUUAACUUGUAUUUAAUUUUCUUAAGAGCAGAGCACGAUUCACUAGGGAGCUUGAUAGGGUGAUGUCAAAAUGAAUGCAUAAUCUCAAGGCUGGUACUAACAUCAAGUUGCCAUGAAAAUAUAAAGAUCCCUUCUAUGCACAGAUGUAUCAGUCUUGCAUGGCAUUAAGACAACUAUUGCCAGGUUAACAGAAAAAAAAUCUUUUCCCCAAAGUUAUGCAUACCAGCAAAUACAAACUGAAGUGUCAGCUUCAUCAUUUCCAUGCAUGUUGUUGCAAUCAUAAGUUUUCCCUUUGGCUUUAUUUGGCAACAGAUUUAUAUUUUUUAAAUAGCAUUCUAAAGUUGGGAAAGAUGUAUGAAGUAUAGUACAAUAUAAUUAUAUAUUAAAGAUUUAGUAAUGGUCUGUGAAAUCAUAAAAAAAAAACUAUUUAUAAAACAGUGCAGUUUUUCACAAAAAACUAUAGGUGGUUUUUAAAGGAUGACAAGCAAUUGUUUUGCAGUACUCUUUCUACUUGCAGGCAAAGCAAAAGAAAAAUGGCAUAGACGGUCGCCACAGUUUAACAUUCAAGAGGGUUACUAAUUUGGGGAGGUCAAAAAAGAUACCGGAGUGAGUCAGUGUAAUGUUAUUUGCCUCUAGAAACAAAAUGCUGCUUUAAUGCAUCCUUUUUAUUUAAAGAAGGGCUGGGGGGGGGUGUCUUCGCUGGAGAAGGUACAUAUACCUUGGGAGGGUAACCAUGGCACAAAGUGAUAGUUUCUACUCAGGAAAAUGGUCUUGGGCUGUACAAACAAGGGUACAUAUCUGGAUUGAUAAUGGUAGAGCCAGCAGUGCCUGCAUAAACAACUUCCUACUUUUAGCUAAGCACUCUUAUUCCUUCUUCAAGAGCACCAACACUGCCCGUUUUAUAUCCAUAACACAGUGUGAUGUUGGAGAGCUGCAAGAUUUUACCUUAUGAGUGAAAUGGAGGUAAGUUUGAAAAAUAGACAAGCUGGCUAUUUCAUAGUUACUCAUGAGGAACUGCAACUGCCUUGUUUUACACCUUGAAAUAAUAUUGUCAGGGAAAUUUUAGUGGUAGAAGUAAUGUAUUGCUUUUCACCUUUUGCUUUAGUUGCUUAAUAUUUAAGCUUUGCGCCAUGCUACCUUUUACAUCUGUAUACAAUGUAACUAUGCCUCCUUCGUUUAGUAGACUUGAAUAAGAAAAAAAAUGAUUCAACUUUGCAGUUUGCUUGAAAUUAAAUGUUCAAGAAUGUUGUGUACCAUCUAUUCAAAUAAAGCCUUGUUUUUUUUCUCUCUGCACUUUUAAA